UGCAUUGGGUUCGCUUCAGUUUGGGCUGGUAUCUACACCUUCCCCCCUCCUGCUCUCGCCACUUCAUUUGGAAUACGGGCAGGCUGCGGUUGCCGUGUGCCGUGCCUGGUUCAGGGAAUGGCCCACAGCUGUAACCAUUCGAUGCUAUAAGACUGCAGACUUGCGACAUGGAUGCAGCGGCAGCAGACGGUAUGGCAGGUUUGCGAGUGACAUUUGGGAGUCUUUGGCGCCAGCCCCAGUGCACGGGCUGAAAACCGCCUUGAGACCCGCACUGCAUUGCGGGCCCACAUUUGCAAUGGUGACGGCACUGGCAUUUUGUCGAUGGCGUGUAAGCUUCAGGCGGCGGCCACGUCCACGCGUGACAGUGACGACCCCGGCAGCUUCUCCUUCGGUUGGGACUACACGGGCCUGACUCUGCGCCAGAUCUGUGAGCGGCACGUGCUGCCCAUGGGCGUGGAGGUUGAGCAGCUGCAGAUCAUCGCGGCCUGCACGGCGCUGGGUGUGACGCUGGCGGUGCUGGACGUGGCGGGCAGUGCGGUGGGAGCCAUCAAGCACGGCCCCGCGGCGCAGCAGCAUGGCCCGCCGGUGGCCUGGGUGGCGCACCUGCUGCCCGGCCAUUACGACGUUAUCUACCCCGCACGGCCGUUGGACGUGGCGCCGGGGGGGCAACUAGUGGCGGCAAUUAUAUAAAGCGAGGCGAGUAUGUAACUGUGCCUCGCGUGGAUAACGUCAGUAUGGUGCGAAGUGGUAUGAGGGCCCAGGUGUAAGGGUGCUCUCGCCCCCGCCCCCGUUGUCAAAGCACAGGCCACGCUCUUCUCCUUGCUCUUUUGCAUUGGGUUCGCUUCAGUUUGGGCUGGUAUCUACACCUUCCCCCCUCCUGCUCUCGCCACUUCAUUUGGAAUACGGGCAGGCUGCGGUUGCCGUGUGCCGUGCCUGGUUCAGGGAAUGGCCCACAGCUGUAACCAUUCGAUGCUAUAAGACUGCAGACUUGCGACAUGGAUGCAGCGGCAGCAGACGGUAUGGCAGGUUUGCGAGUGACAUUGGGAGUCUUUGGCGCCAGCCCCAGUGCACGGGCUGAAAACCGCCUUGAGACCCGCACUGCAUUGCGGGCCCACAUUUGCAAUGGUGACGGCACUGGCAUUUUGUCGAUGGCGUGUAAGCUUCAGGCGGCGGCCACGUCCACGCGUGACAGUGACGACCCCGGCAGCUUCUCCUUCGGUUGGCAUUAAGCUCUGUGCUUCAAGCUGUGUGCGCCCGCCGUGUAUCGUUGCUGUUGUGGCCGCAAAGCACUACCGUACGCCGGGCCCAGCAGGGGGGAGCCGUUAGCAGAGCGGCGAGCGGGCGGCGGUGGCAGGAGUGGCAGAUAAGGGACUCCCUUGAUGGCGGAGUUUUGAGGUGUUACUUUGCGACGGAUAGAUGAGGCCGUGGUUGGAAAUGCUGCAGCAACUUUGGCGGGGCCAGGCGUGGCGGCAGAGGCUAGGACAGGGGCGACGGCAGCGACUAGGGCUGCAGUGUGGACGGCUGCCCACACCUGACAAUGAACCCGACGGCCUGGCAGGCUUUGUCAGCAGGGGACCUCUUGCACGGCCGUCGCUGCACCGCAAGAAGCUUUCUGCCCUGAUCAAAGCUGCAGGCUGCACAGCUGGCAUGGGUGGGUUGUGGGUGGCAAUGGGUCAGGCCAGUCCCAUUUAACAGCAUUGCGAAAGUGCGCAUGGCAGCGCUGCUGGGUGCGCACCCGUAGGAGGGUCCCGCGGACACCCCCUCUCAGCACCCAAUACUGGAUGCCUGUCCCGAUGGUUGUGUUGCUCGCUGUAGACUGAUGUACCUGAGAGACACAGGAGAUGGCUGAGCGACCGCGCUGAGCGACUGUGGACCCGCUAUCGUUGAGGGAAACGGUUCACGACUGGGGCGGA